GUGCUGGACCAAAGAGCAAAGCGAAUGCACCAAUCACUGACGCAUGCGCAGGUAGAGUUCACAAUGUGGGUACGCAUAGGUAAAUCCUUCCAACGGUUAAACCAGCGGAGUUUCGUUUUAGCCCCAAAAGCUGUGUGUGUCCACCGGCUCCACACUGGUAGCACUGAGUCUACGUACAGCGACUAUGAUGGCCUAUAUCCUGGACACAUCCCCACCAACCCCAUUCAGAAAGCCCUGCUGGCUGUUGGGUCAGGGGUGGCAGCACUACGUGACCCCUACAGACAUGACAUGGUUGCGGUGCUUGGAGAGGCGACCGGCCACCUUGCUCUCAUAAACCUCAGGGACAGAAUGAGAAACGACCCUGAAGGCUACACUAUUCUAACCGAAAGGCCGAGGAUCCGUCUGUCAACAAUCGACCUCACUAAGAUGGCCUCGCUGCCCGAAGGCUCUUUUGGAAGAGAAUACCUCCGCUUUCUGGAGGACAAUCACGUGACCCCUGACUCGAGGGCAGACGUGAAGUUUGUGGACGACGAGGAGCUAGCUUAUGUUAUGCUAAGAUACAGAGAGGUCCAUGAUUUGAUGCACACCUUACUGGGCAUGCCCACUAACAUGCUGGGUGAAGUGGCGGUGAAAUGGUUUGAAGCUGCUCAGACGGGGCUUCCCAUGUGCGCCUUUGGGGCCGUCUUGGGGCCUCUUCGACUGAAUGCGAGCCGAUUACAGACUCUGGUCACAUCUCUGGGUCCUUGGGCUCUGAGGAACGGCCUGCGCGCCCGCUUUGUCCUCAGUAUCUUCUUCGAGCGACGGUGGGAGCAGAGCCUCGAAGACCUCCGACAAGAGCUCAACAUUGAGCCGCCCCCUGUGAUACUCGGCGCUACCAACAAGACGAGCUCCUGAAACACAGCCAAAUGUAAUGACUGGUUCGGGAAUCGCUGGACAAAAGACUUUCGGACAAAACCAGAAAUGUUUGAUGUGUGAUGCUGUGGAAUUUCUUAUGAGAAGGAUGUAACUUACUAAGGAGGAAAUGGGAAAUUUCACCCUUGGCAAAGCUUGACUUGUCCCUGAUUGCAUCGUAAAUGUAUCCGCUUUCAUGUUCCAUUAGCUUUGACUUAACUUGGUCCUGUCUAAUGAAAUGUUUUCACUUCUUUCUGGUGCUGCUGGACAGCAGGUCUAAUUCAACAAAUUCAGUUUCCCUCCGCUGUCCAGAAUGUGAUGUUUGUAAUUGUAUUUAUGACAAAAAAUAAAAUCUGAAUAAUGUUUAUU